UAGUGAACAAAAGAACUUGUGCAAUGUAUAGUAAAAGGGAAAAUAGGUUUAUUCUGGGCAAUUAGGACUUGGCGAUAUCAUAUCGCAUUCUCUUAUAUCCUGAACAAAUGUGUUUAUUUUUUAUAGAUCGGUUCAUAUUUCAUGCGGAAUUUUUAGUUGAAUAAAUAGUGAUGAAAGUUUAUUAAUAGCUGUGUAGAAUUGUGCAUAAAUCGAUUAAAAAAGGUUGAAAGUUACAAACCAGAAGCAAUUUGCUUUAAUGAAUGAACAUCCUCAUAUUGCAAAAGGCUCUAAAUUCGCGGAGAACGAAAACUUUUCGAAGGACGACUUCAACACCCUCUGGUUUGAUAUCAGUUUCAAACUGAAUGGUUUAGGACCUCCGAUCCGAACAGUGGCUGAAUGGCAGAAGGUUUGGGCAGACUUAAAACUCAAAACGAAGAAGAAACUACAACAUAACAAAAAAGAAUGCAAGACCACAGGCGGUGGACCAAAUAAACAGUGUCCAAUUUCACCUAUGGAGGAAUCGAUCGUCAAUUUAUUAUCCUUAAAUAAAACUGUCGAACAUACAGGAAAAUAUUUCGGAAUCCAAACCUCUCAGAUAGCAGACCAUUUGCUUGAAGACGCUGAGCCGACUACUACUGGUCAAAUUCAGAUUCAUACGGAGCUUGAAAACUCAGAUCUAACUAACAGCAAUGUGAGCAGUGACAUCAACAAUUAUGCUACCUCGAAAAAAUCUGAAGCAAGCGAUAGCUUUCGAAACUACCGAAAAACGUUACUGACAACUCAAACGAAUUGUCUAAUAGAUAUAAGAGAAAACGCCAAAGAAUGUGCUCGAUAUGCUAGAAAGAUGUAUAAAUUAGAAGAGGAUAAAUUUAAGUUUAAAAAGAAGGUGUUAGAAGCCAAAGAGAAACGAAAGAGCGAACAAUUGCAAUUUCAAUUGCAGUUACUCGAGUAUAAAAAACAGAAACUUGCUUUACUAACAGGAACAAAGUAAAGCUUUCGAAUCUUUUGCCUGUAAUGGCUUGAAUGUUUCAAGCUUUAAUUUAUUUUAAGAUGGGAGACGCAAUAAGCAAUCGAAAAUAUACAAGACUUUCAACCCCUUGCCUCCAGUGUGGUGUACUAUUUAAUUU